AUGCCGGUUAUUACAAGUGCAUAUCUGAAGGAUGCGAAGGCAGGGUUCAAAGUCACUGCAAUAGGAUUCACGACAGCCAAAAAGAAUGUGGUGCGAGCUAGUGCGGUAUUCGAGUGGGAUCAGGCUGGUCGAGUGGGAUCGAGUGGUCGAGAGGCUUUGUGGCUGUUAAAGGGACGCUUUGGAGUGUUGUGCGACCAUGGAACCUGCAUCCUCUGGAGCCCCGAAGAGGCUUUCAUCCGCGCACACCCAGCGGGUCACUCAUGGAAACACACUACCCGCAGCUCCACCGGCCUGGUCCCUCUGCUGCUCAGUACACUCCUGAAAUCUGACGCGGAUACACCUGUCAUUUCUGGAGAACAAACAGCACAGAAGUUCACACGGGAAAGCUGCACAGAAAGGAACCUGAGGAGUCAAGGAAAAACGCGUGCUGAUGAGAUCCCCUGCUUUCUGUGUAACAGAGAUGCCUGUCGGUGCUCAUGUUCACACAGGUUGGCUCUGAAGCUCAGCUGUGCUGGACUGGUCCUUCUCGUCCUGACCCUGAUUGGGAUGAGUGUUGUAGUGCGAGUCUUAAUGCAAAAACCAUCAAUAGAAAAAUGCUGUGUGUUUAUUCAAGAGAACCUGAACAAAACAAAAGAUUAUCCAGCUAAGGUAGAGUGCCCACAAGCCUGCUUUCAUGUUUCUCAAGUUUCCCACACUUGGAAGCAAGGUCUAGCUGACUGUGGUAGAAAAGGAGCCACUUUGCUGCUCAUUCAAGACCAAGAAGAACUGAGGUUCCUACAGGACUUAAUAAAGGAAGAAUAUAAUUUAUUUUGGAUUGGAUUAAGUUACACAUUGCCAGAUAAGAACUGGAAGUGGAUAAAUGGCUCAACUUUAAAUUCUGAUGUAUUGAAAACCGCUGGCAUCAAUAAAAAGAACAGCUGUGCCACCAUCUCAAGGGACGAAGUGAUUUCUGAGAGCUGUGAUUCAGACAACCAUUGGAUAUGUCAAAAGGAACUAAAACGUGAAACCACAUAUAAAGACUCCUGACUGCGAAUCCCAUCUUGAUUACUUUACCAUCCACACCAGAUCCCUGCACCUAACCUGUCUCUGCUGUCUGCCUCCCCAUGCAGUUAGGGGCACAAAGCACAGACUCUGAAAGCACUGGGACUCUUACAGUUUCUUUAUUGUGUUAAUGGAAAUGUACACAGGCACAGAUGUGCCAUUCUAAGAGAGGCGUUCUGUGGAAGGAAGCCCUGGGAGCUGAGGGGCACUGAAUUCUAAUCCUUGAGUCUGUGUGACCUUUACUGGUCUCUAUGCCUGAGGCCAUCUGCAGACAUCCACGGAAAGACUGGAUCUAAUUUCUUAAACAGAUAGGCCACAGGCCAUUUUCAUGGUCCCAAAGUUUGGGUCAGGACCCCUUUGGCUAUUCCUUUUUGUUCAUCGACAUAAAAGUGAAAUGGUUUUGUGAUGUCUGGUAGGCCCAGAGCAGGAGCUGACAGUAGGGUCUGCUUUAUUUUUUUUUUUUAAUCAAAGGCCUUUUAAUGAUCUUGAGUCCAAGCCAUCUUUGGCCUCUCUGGUGGCUUCAUAUAAAGGCUUGGCUAUUUCAGCGAAACCUGGAAUCCAUAAUCUGCAAACCCCUGCAGCCCCCAAGCACUCUCUUACCUGUUGUGGGAUCUGGGGUGGGUAUGCCGAGGACAGUCUCUUGCUGUGGAAAGCCACAGCUGGCCCUCUUUCAGAACGUAGCUGAGAUAGGUGACCUCAGUCUUGCAGAGCUGUGCCUUCUUGGCAGAUGCUCAAUAUCUCAGGUCUCCCAGAUCCUGUAGGAGAUUCUGGGUUCCCUUCUUGCAUUCUUCUUUGGUUUCUGCUGUAACUAAAAGAUCAUCUACAUACCGAACAAGAGUUAUAGCUGGAUUAUUAACUCUGGACUCACCCAGGUCCUCAUGCAAAGCUUCAUCAAAAAUAGUGGGGGAGUUCCCGUAACCUUUAGGCAAGCGGGUCUAGGUCAGUUGUCCAUUAAUGCCUCUUUCAGGAUCAUGCCACUCAAAGGCAAAUUAUUUCUGGCUUUUGGGAGCCAAAGAUAAGCUGAAGAAAGCAUCCUUUAGAUCCAGAACAGAAUACCAUUUCCGAUCUGGAGGUAGAGAGCUCAACAGGGUAUAAGAGUUAGGCUCUUGGGGUGUAUGUCAGUCACCCUGUGGUUAACUUCCAGUAGAUCCUGGACAGGGCAGUUGUCAUUGGACUUUGGCUUUUUCACAAGCAAUAAUGGUGUGUUCCAGGCUUCUACAAGCUCUAACCACUCAAUUUCAAAUUGAAUUACUUAAACUGAAGUAUAUAUUAUCAUGAUUCAAAUAAAUUCUCAACCCUUAUUUGCCAGGAACAAAGAAUUUUAAUAUUUGAAAAUAAUGACUUUCAAUAUACAGACACUCGAAGAAUAAUUCACUUUGUGAAAAUUCCUAAAAAUCAAUUUACCUAAGAAAACCUUCAGAGAAAAGUGGCACUAGAAAUCAAUCGUUAGCAACAGUGGUGCUUUAGAGCAAGCAUGUAACUGUUAAGAGCAUGCAGCUAAGCAGAUAUGAGCAGAAGGCAGCCCAUGUAAGACAGUAAGACACCAGGGGACAUUCCCAGUGACCAUACAUGCUACCAGUGAAUAUGCUGAUGGACAGGGAAGGCACAGCUGUGAGGACAUCUUAAUCCUGAAACAAUUUCAGCAGAGUAGAUAAAUGAAGCUGGCUUCCAAAAGCAGGGACUUGACAUUGACCGAGGAGAGAGGAAACCAAAAGACAUUUCAAAAAUCCACCAUGCAGAGCCCAGAGGACUGCCACCCACCUCCAGGCCAGCCUGAUCCAGUAUCCUUUUAGAGUUUGUUAUGGCUUUGAGUUCAUUUGCUUUGCUAAAUAAAUUUGGGCUCUAACAGUAUCUUAGCUGAACUCUUUCCUGUGAAAGACAAAAGGAGAAGAACAAUCUUUACCUGGUGUGUCAGAUAACUUUUUGUCAGCCUGACACAAGACAGGGUCAUCUGGGAGGCGUGGACCUCAAUUAAGAAAACACCUCCAUAAAACUGGCAUGUAAGCCAGCCUGUCUGGCAUUUUCUCGAUUAAUAAUUGAUAUGGCAGGACCCCCACUGUGGGUGAUGCAGGCCCUGAGAAGAUGAUCCUGGAUAAUAUAAGAAAGCAAACUGAACAAGCCAGGAGGAGCAGCCAGGAACCCUCAGCCAUCGCUUCUCCUUCAGUUCCUGCCUCCAGGUUUCUGCUCUGUGUUCUUCACCACCUUAGAAGAUCAUAACCUUGAACAAACCCUGUCCUUCCCAAGUUGCCUUCCUUCAUGGUGUUUACUACAGCAAUAAAAAGCUGAGUAAAAUACCUGGUAAUGAAA